ACAGCGCCGGAGAGGAGGCAGGCAGCCAGGCAGGGAGUGGGGAACGAGCCCCCCCUUCGUUAGCACCUUCUCCCCUCCUAUCCGCUCGGAUGCUGCCAACGUAAAGGUAGAGAGCGCACAGCGAGCGAGGGGUCUUCGACACACAGCCUGUAAAUCCCAAACCUCCCAUCACCUCCGCCUGCCGCGCUUCUCUCACAUCCACUGUGGGGAAAUUACAGCAACAAUAAAAGAAAAAAAGAAAAAAAAACAAUCAAACCAAACGUCUUCAAUUACGUAUUUAUUUAUUCAUGCAGUCAUUUUAAUGCCGUGUAUCCAUCGCUCAUUUUUUUCUCCGAAUAAGCUCAGCUCAACUAGCAACAACUGCACUAUUUUAGGAUUAGACGUUUUUAUUAUAGACGCGAGUAAAGAACAAGCAAAUAAACAAGACAAACAAAUAACUGAAGACCUUCCGCUGGCGACCUGUCCUCUGUCACUGCUACGGCUCUUCGUUUUUAUUUUUGUUACAAAAAACACUGGAUUUUCCACUUUUUUUUCCCCCCUGCAAGCUCCAUCCCCGUCCUUGGAGCAUGGCCUGGUUUCCUCAGGGGAGCACUAAAUCCGUGACCCUUCACAUCUGAGCUCCCAGUCUCAGCGUGUCCAUACCCUCCAGUCCCAAAUCUUCAGUAACACGCUCUCCGUCUUUCAUUGUGACUUUCUCACCCUCUCGCUCACAUUCCCAAUGGAUUGGGAGCGCCCAGAUCCAGCUGUCUGUUGACCCUCGGGGGGAGGGGGAACAAAAGAAAGACAAAGAAAAGCACGAGAAGCGUCAAGGGGAAACCUGGAGAGGAAGAACCAAACUGCAAACAUUCUGAACUCCCCUGAAAGGGAAAUACCUCUCUUUACAUUCUCCUCCUCUUCGUAUGGAGAAGUAGAAGGUUUCCAAGCAAAGGUGGGAGCGGAGCGGGGGAAAGGAAAUAACUGAAGACACUGAGAGAAGAUCACCCCCUCCUUCCCCCUCAAAAAAGUCAAAAGACAAAAAGAAACCUUAAAUAGUAAAGGUGCAUAAAACCACUCAAAGCAAAAAGGCCAUAUUUCUACUUUUUCUCCACAAAAGCAACCAUGGGAGACCUAGCCAACAGUGCAGUAGAAUUUUACCCCAAAAGCCAGAGGGGAACUGGGGCCAGUAGCGGCUCAGAGGCCAACCAUGCGGGGGAUUAUGGAGUCACCCUGGAAGAGCUGCGAGACUUGAUGGAACUCAGGGGAGCCGAUGCCAUACAGAAGGUACAAGAGAACUACGGUGACACCGAGGGGCUUUGCCAGAGGCUGAAAUCAUCAACCAACGAGGGUCUGUCGGGCAACCCGGCCGAUCUGGAGAGACGGAGACAAGCGUUUGGGCAGAACUUCAUUCCCCCAAAGAAGCCCAAGACCUUCCUGCAGCUGGUGUGGGAGGCACUGCAGGAUGUCACUCUCAUCAUCCUGGAGAUUGCAGCCAUCAUCUCCCUUGCACUCUCUUUCUAUCAACCGCCAGCAGAGGAGAGUGAAGCCUGCGGUAACGUCUCUGCGGGCGCAGAGGACGAAGGGGAAGCCGAGGCGGGUUGGAUCGAGGGAGCAGCCAUUCUGCUCUCAGUCAUCUGCGUGGUACUGGUGACGGCCUUCAAUGACUGGAGCAAGGAGAAGCAGUUCCGCGGGCUUCAGAGCCGCAUCGAGCAGGAGCAGCGAUUCGCCGUGGUGCGGAACGGCAACGUCAUCCAGAUUCCCGUGGCUGAAAUGGUGGUGGGCGACAUAGCACAAGUCAAAUAUGGUGACCUUCUGCCUGCUGAUGGGAUCCUCAUUCAGGGCAAUGACCUCAAGAUUGACGAGAGCUCCCUCACCGGAGAGUCUGAUCAUGUCCGAAAGUCUGCUGACAAGGACCCUAUGUUGUUAUCCGGCACCCAUGUCAUGGAAGGCUCAGGGAGGAUGCUUGUCACUGCGGUGGGGGUCAACUCCCAGACGGGCAUCAUCUUCACCUUAUUGGGAGCCGGAGAAGGAGAGGAGGAAAAGAAAGAAAAGAAAGGCAAACAGCAAGAUGGGACAGUGGAGAACAAUCAGAAUAAAGCCAAGAAACAGGAUGGUGCAGUCGCCAUGGAAAUGCAGCCAUUGAAAAGCGCAGAGGGGGGAGAAGUGGAAGAGCGGGAGAAAAAGAAAGCCAGCGUGCCCAAGAAGGAGAAGUCCGUGCUCCAGGGCAAGCUGACCAAGCUGGCAGUGCAGAUUGGGAAGGCAGGCUUGGUCAUGUCAGCCAUCACAGUGAUCAUCCUGGUGCUGUAUUUUGUGAUCGAGACCUUUGUGAUCCAGGGUCACGCAUGGAUCGCUGAAUGCACGCCGAUAUACGUGCAGUACUUUGUCAAGUUCUUCAUCAUCGGCGUGACCGUGCUGGUGGUGGCCGUGCCUGAGGGUCUUCCUCUGGCCGUCACCAUCUCACUGGCCUAUUCCGUGAAGAAAAUGAUGAAGGACAAUAAUCUGGUUCGCCAUUUGGAUGCCUGUGAGACCAUGGGCAACGCCACCGCCAUCUGCUCAGAUAAGACAGGCACCCUGACCACUAACCGCAUGACCGUGGUGCAGGCCUACCUGGGAGACCAGCACUUCCGUGAAAUUCCCGAUCCUGGUCAGAUCAAUCCCAAAACGCUGGACAUGCUGGUCAAUGCCAUCGCGGUCAAUAGCGCUUAUACCUCCAAGAUCAUGCCCCCGGACACAGAGGGUGGCCUGCCCAAGCAAGUGGGCAACAAGACAGAGUGUGGUCUGCUGGGCUUUGUACUGGACCUGAAGAGAGACUAUGCCCCUGUGAGAGAGCAGAUCCCCGAGGAGUCACUGUAUAAGGUCUAUACCUUCAACUCUGUGCGCAAGUCCAUGAGCACCGUAGUGCAGCUGCCCGACGGUUCCUUCCGCCUCUACAGCAAGGGUGCCUCCGAGAUCCUGCUCAAGAAGUGCUCCACCAUCCUGGGGGCAGGAGGGGAGCCCCGCACAUUCCGCCCACGGGACCGUGAUGAGAUGGUGAAGAAAGUGAUCGAGCCCAUGGCAUGCGAGGGCCUGCGUACAAUCUGUAUCGCAUACAGGGACCUGCCUGGGAACCCAGAGCCUGACUGGGACAAUGAGGCCGACAUCGUUACAGACCUCACCUGCAUUGCCGUGGUGGGCAUUGAGGAUCCCGUGAGGCCUGAGGUCCCAGAAGCCAUCCGAAAGUGCCAGCGGGCAGGAAUUACAGUGCGUAUGGUAACGGGGGACAACAUCAAUACAGCGCGAGCUAUCGCUGCCAAGUGUGGCAUUAUCCAGCCUGGUGAUGACUUCCUGUGUCUGGAAGGGAAGGAAUUCAACAGACGGAUCAGAAAUGAAAAAGGAGAGAUUGAACAAGAGCGCAUUGACAAGAUCUGGCCAAAGCUGCGAGUCUUGGCUCGGUCCUCCCCUACAGACAAACACACACUGGUGAAAGGCAUCAUAGACAGCACCAUCAUGGAGCAACGUCAAGUAGUGGCUGUAACUGGAGAUGGAACCAAUGAUGGACCUGCUCUCAAGAAGGCUGAUGUGGGCUUUGCCAUGGGCAUUGCUGGGACAGAUGUGGCGAAGGAGGCUUCUGACAUCAUCCUGACAGACGACAACUUCUCCAGCAUCGUGAAAGCAGUCAUGUGGGGGAGGAAUGUGUACGACAGCAUCUCCAAAUUUCUGCAGUUUCAGCUCACCGUCAAUGUGGUGGCCGUCAUCGUGGCCUUCACGGGAGCCUGCAUCACACAGGAUUCCCCUCUAAAGGCGGUGCAGAUGCUGUGGGUGAACUUGAUCAUGGACACCUUUGCCUCUCUGGCCUUGGCCACCGAGCCACCCACUGAGGCCCUGCUGCUCCGCAAGCCCUACGGUCGAAACAACCCGCUCAUUUCCCUCACCAUGAUGAAGAACAUCCUGGGCCAUGGGGUCUACCAGCUUACCAUCAUCUUCACAUUGCUCUUUGUCGGGGAGAAGAUCUUCAACAUCGACAGUGGACGCAAUGCCCCUCUGCAUUCGCCCCCAUCAGAGCACUAUACCAUCAUAUUCAACACCUUUGUGCUCAUGCAGCUCUUCAACGAAAUCAACGCACGGAAGAUACACGGCGAGCGAAAUGUUUUUGACGGGAUAUUUUCCAAUCCCAUUUUCUGCAGUAUUGUGCUAGGGACUUUUGGGGUGCAGAUCGUGAUCGUGCAGUUUGGGGGGAAGCCAUUCAGCUGCGCCCCACUCAACGUGGAGCAAUGGCUCUGGUGCCUCUUCGUGGGAGUAGGGGAGCUGCUAUGGGGCCAGGUGAUUGCCACGGUGCCCACAAGUCACCUGAAGUGUCUGAAGGAGGCAGGACACGGGCCCGGCACAGACGAGAUCACGGACGAGGACCUGGCAGAAGAUGAGGAGGAGAUUGAUCAUGCGGAGAGGGAGCUGCGCCGGGGGCAGAUACUGUGGUUUAGAGGGCUCAACCGUAUCCAGACUCAGAUGGAGGUAGUGAGUACCUUCAAGAGAAGUGGUUCGUUUCAGGGUGCAGUGCGGCGCCGCUCCUCAGUUCUGAGCCAGCUCCAUGAUGUAACCAAUAUUUCUACCCCCACUCACAUGCGAGUGGUGAAAGCCUUCCGUAGUUCGUUGUACGAUGGCAUUGAAAAACCAGAGUCCAGAAACUCCAUCCAUAACUUCAUGGCGCAUCCCGAGUUUCUCAUCAACGACUUCAUCCACAACAUCCCCUUGAUCGACGACACGGACAUUGACGAGGAAUCCGAACUUUCCAAGCACAACCACCUACACCCGGCCCUACGCCCGCCACCGCCACCACCCCAGCCCCAGCCCCAGCCCCCACCCCCCCAGCCUCCGAAGCGUUCAAGACCUCCACCUCGUCCCUACCGCCAGUACAGCCUCCCGGCCACCCCUAAUCGCAACAACAACGCUAUUGAAAGCAGUGUCCUCCUCAGCCCGAAAGUUGCCCCUCAGCUCUGCUGCAACGGCGGCCCACUGCACAGCCUGGAGAGCUCUUUAUAACUGCUGCUGGGGCGGGAGCGUGGAAGACGGGACACAAAAAGACUUCGGCGGACACAAGUCUUAACACCACAGGAAGGAGAAGGAAAUGGUGCCGGUGAUGGGAGGAAGAAGAAACCAACAAUUACACUGCAAAACCAAAACGUUGUGGAUAGUUUCUUCUGAAGUAAACCCCCCCACCCAGAAAAGAUCCGCCUUCCCCCCGACCCCUCCACUCCAUAGCAUUAAUUUAGCCAUACGCAGCCAAAAUGCACCGAGUUCAGCCACCCCCUGACGUCCCAUCCUGACCAGCCUUGUGUGAGACUUUUUUGCAAGGGCCAACCGGACUUGGAAAGGGCAAGAGAGAACAAUGUUUAAGUGAGAAUGACUGUUACGGACUGGAGUCAUUCUUGACCUCCUGGUUUCGCAAGAUAAUGACAGACUCAUGGGAGGGGUAAAGGGGGCCAAUUCAUUCCACUUUUUAUUGAUGUUGUUACUAGUAUUAUUACUACUUUAUUAUUACUAUG